AUGGGGCCUAGCCACGAGUUGAAGGUUCUUGGCGCGCUUGGGUAUACUUCUUUUGAGCCCAGGAACGUCGAAACCAUACUUUCGACACGGUUUGAAGGGGAGGGUAUUUUCACCCAAGAUGGAGCGGCUUGGAAGCACUCUCGAGAGCUUUUACGACGUCCAUUCCAAAAAACUCAUUAUCAGGAUCUCAAGGGAUUCUCCCAGCCGUUAGAGGAUCUUACCGCCGACAUUGCCACUCCUGGAGGUGUGGUUGACUUGCAACCAUUAUUCUUUCGCUUCACCCUGGCCACUACUACGGCACUCAUCUUUGGUCAGCCCGUCACAACUGAUAUCAACGUGAGAAAGUCGUUUGCUAGUAAUUUUGAUUAUGCAUCAUUGAUCAGCGCACUACGGACACGUUUAGUAGACUUUUACUGGGUAUAUAACCCUUCCGAAUACAAAGCCGCAUGCAAACAUGUCAAAGCAUACGCGGAUAGCUUUAUAGAGCGGGCUCUUGGAGAAAGUAAUCGCAAAAGUGAAGCAAUUGAGGACCGGUAUGGGUUCGUUGAAGACCUAUACGAAAAUUUGGAGGACAAGGUACUGGUUCGUAAUCAGCUAGUCAACGUUUUACUUGCUGGAAGGGACACUACUGCAUGCCUUCUUUCUUGGACGCUUUUCCUUCUUGUUCGCCAUCGCUCAGUUCUGAAAAGCCUACAGGCCGAAAUUCAAACUGUCAUGAAGAACAAACAGGAACUUACCCGACAAUUGAUACAGAAAAUGCCAUACCUCCGGUGCAUUUUGAACGAAACCCUCCGGCUUUAUCCACCCAUUCCUAUCAACGUUCGCUUUGCCAGGAGAGCAACUAUUCUACCGUGCGGCGGUGGUCCAGAUGGUCAAUCUCCAUUCCUCGUCCGCCGUGGACAAGGCGUGGGAAUACCCUCUUACUACCUGCACCGCCGGAAGGACCUUUACGGUGAAGACGCCGAGCAAUUCAGGCCCGAGAGGUGGGAAGGUACAGAACUUGCAGACAUUGGGUACGGGUAUCUACCAUUUCAUGGAGGGCAUCGGCUAUGUCUAGGCAAGGAUUUUGCACUAACGGAGGCCUCCUGUGCGAUUGUUCGCAUUCUUCAGGAGUUUCCAAACAUCAGGAUACCACCAGAAGCUCUUGUCUUACCGACUGGAGAUGAAAAACAGGAACUUACAGUCUUUCUCAGACCGGCUGAAGGUUGCAAAGUCUUGGUCUAG